UAAAAUCAACAACAAACAAACAAAACAAAAAAACAAAAUACGACUGAAAAGUUCAAGGAAAUCUCAAGCAAGGACGUGAGCAAACAUCAAAAUUUUAUAAAAGUCAUUUGCGAAAAGGGACGCACAGGACAAACAUGUUGUAAAGUGAUAACAUGCCAUGCCUAUGCCAAUAUUUUACAACUGAGCUAGGGCUGCGUGUCAAGGCUUCUUUAUUAGAUGUCAAAGACAACGACGGAAACGGAAACGAAAAUAUUGAAAAAGGCCAAGUUAUAACGGGGGAGGUUUCUGCAUCAGAAUUGGCAAAUUGCAAAGCAGAAAUUCAUAAGCUUCAAAAAGAUCUUUCGAGUUAUAGAAUUUUAGAGGAAAACAUGGAGUUUUUAAUGAAGAAAAUGAUAGGUGAACAACAAUUUUUAGUGGCAGAAAUAACCGAUCUUCGGAAAAUCAAUGAAGAUAUGAGAUUACAACAAACUGCUGAUAGAAACAAUCAAGCUUUGGAACGUAGUGCAUUGUUAAGAGAACUGAAUGAAAUCAAAAGCCAUCUUUAUGAGCGGUCAAAUGUUGUGGGUCAACUACUUCAGCAAAACGAAUCCUUAACCAAUGCACUCAAAGAUGCGAAUGAAAAAAUAUACGCAAUGGGAAUGAAGUAUCUGAAGUUGCGAAGUAAUAGGGGUGCUUCAAAGAGAACAACUAUCAAAAAUGAUCAUCGCGAAGAUGAGGAAAAAAGUUAUGAUAGCAGUGUUUCAGAUGAGUCUUUGGGAUGUGAUCAGUAGCAAUUUUUUUUUCUUUAGAACUUUGAGCAUUUCAAUAUGUUUAUUCACCAAAUUACAAAACAUAAAACAUUAUCAACAUUAAACAUUAUCAACAUUAAAUGAAAAUUCAAUAUAA